AUGACUCGCAAUGGCGAUCCGAUCCUCCCCGUGGAGUUGUGGGCGAACAUUAUGCGGCACUGCCCGUCCGAGACGUUGAGAAUGCUUGCGCUCGUCUCCCACGGCUGCCACAGAGAGGCGCGCAAACACCUUUACCGCUCGCUCUACUUCGGCCACGGCAGCAGACAUGAUGAUGAAACAAAAUACUCUGGGACACGCAUCCGCAACCUGUCAGCCUUCCGACGCUCUCUUUCCGCCUGGCCGGGCUGGCGGUCCGCCGUCGAAGACGCGCGCCUGUGCUGGACCAACAACGGCACCGCCUACUGCUGGAAGGAGCCCGAACGCGCAGAGACCGGCGACGAGACGCGACUGAACGAGCUCGUGAGGGAGACGGCAGCCCUGCUGGCGGGAUCGGCCGUCCUCCGAAACCUGCAUCUCUCCAUCCCGCGCCUGGACUCGACCGUCCCCUUUGGCGUACCGGACCGCCUGACGUCCUUGGACAUUCCCGUCACCGAUUGCCUGCACAACGACCCGGACUUUUCGGCGUUGCUGAGGCUGUUCCAGAUCCCCUCUCUGAGACGGGUGCGGCUGCUCCAAAUGCUUCGCCUGACGUGUGAUGUGCCCGACCGCUGCCGCCAGCCCGGCACGUCCAAUGUGACGAGCUUGAGCUUCAGCCAGUGCGGGCCCGUGAGCCCGGAGAUCGCACACCUUCUGAGCUGGCCCAAGCAGCUGCAGGUGCUCUGCUUUGAAAUGGACCUGGCAGACGGGUUGAAUAGUUACGCCUACGACUCGGGGGCGAUGAGCUCCACCAAGACACGAGAAGCUCUGUGGCCCGUCGAGCACUCCCUUCAAGACUUGAACAUCGACAUCGCUGAUCAGGGCGGUUGCUGGGUGGGGCAGGCGCUCCAGGAAGAUGCGUUCCAGACCUUUGCGAAGCUGCGCCGGCUGAGCAUCCCAUUGCGCAUGUUGACGGACUUUGUCCGUCUCGACGGCCUGCACGAUCCUGCUGAUCCGCCGCUCUGCACGCGUCUGCCUCCCACCAUCCAGCAACUCACCCUCAAGCUUGACUUCGACUUCUGCUGGGGCGACUAUGGCACGCUGCGGCCGAGCUCCGAAGCGAAGCGGGUGGUUGCAUACGUCGCCGCGCUCGCCGAGCACAGCCGGAUCUGCUGUCCGGAACUGAGCGAGAUACGCAUCUCCACUGGCCUCUGGAUGGACAAGCUGCCGGCGCGGCUCGAAUGCACUCGAGGCUUGAUUAAAGUACUCGCGCAAAGCGGGAUCGCCCUGUCUUUCAGUUAG